AUGGAUCCCGUCGUCGGCAAAAUCAAAGGCUUAGCCAAGUCAAGUCAAGACUUCUUUGAUGGCCUCUUCCACGAUCGCGCCAAGUCUUCCCGCCGCAAGCCGGUUGAGAUCCUCAAGCGAUUGCAGCGGGAAUCAUUCUCUGACCUAAUGAAGCUUAGAGACAGGCAGGACAAGCUCGAGCGACAAGUCUCUUUCCCGAAAAUUGCCAAGGGAAGUCCUUCUCAGAACUCAGGUGGUACUCAUGUAAUGGGAGAGAUCAAUAACCUAGGUGCUAUGGUGCUGAUGGGCGGAGACGUCAAUCAGUUUGAUCACCACGAUUCACUUGGCCUUGCUACAAAUGGUGGUAUCAGGUCGAAGAUAUCCUUUGAGACUCCCAUACGCGAGAAUGAUACACUCGUAGCAGACUUUGCCACGGGAGGUUGCAAUAUUGGCGAUAGCUUGCGGAGCGCGACGCUUAGUCUGUCAAAAGUAUUGUUCAUGGCGAACAUUCGUGACUGGGUAUCAGCUAAUUUAAUGCCGGUUGGUGCUCAGUUCAGGCAUCUGGGUUUCACUAUGGAUUCCUCAAAUCAGAUAAAUGGCUUUACUGAGCUUUCAGCUAUGGGUCCUCCUCUCGUGAAUGAAUAUAAUGGUUCAGCCAUCGGUUUCACAAUGAGAAAGUCGAAUCUUGUUGCUUCAUUGGCUCACUCUGUAUCAGGACUUCUAAAAUCAGACCUAUAUUCAUCAGACCUUUACUUCAGCACAUUUGGCCAGAUUUCAUGCCAACUACCAAUAGGAGUAAAGUUCUCGGUUUCCGGGUUCCACAAACAGCCUAAAUCUUCUCUCGACUUGGUCAACCAAGGUGCCCUCACGAUCCCUGUUCACAUUCUGAAUCAACAGCAAAAUGCUCCUCAUGACCCGGUGACUAAACCACUGGAGACAAACUUGUUUGAACCGACGCCAGCCAGGUGCAUUGCUGUGAAGCUGGAAAGUCACAUCGAUGAGAACACGAUGAUCGAGGGUUGGAUCCAGAGGAAUAACUCGAAUAGUUCGAGCAUUUGGCAAUGGGGUGCGAGAACCCUUGAUGAUUCGGAGGAUGCACUUGGAUGGGGGUUCAGUAUUGGUGGAGAUAUGGAUAAUGGUGGAAGUCGGUCGAACCGAUUUCGAGCUGAGGCCUACUGGAAGCUCAAUAUUGGGAGGAAGUUCUGCUUGAAGCCAGGGUUGGCUUAUGCAGGGACUGGUGAUAUGAGGAUGUAUGAGCUCAUGGUCAGGUCUAAUUGGUCGUUCUGA